AUGGCCUCCUUUCAAGAUCUCUUGGCCGACAUUAGCUGGCCAUGGCAGCUUAUCUCGGACAUUAUCGGUUGGGUUUACUUUCUCGCAUGGUCCAUUAGCUUUUACCCCCAAGCCAUUCUCAACUAUCGACGCAAGAGUGUGCAAGGCUUGUCUAUGGACUUUUUAUACUUCAAUGUGCUUGGCUUCUUUUGCUACUCGGUGUUCAAUUUAUCAUUCUUUUUGAGCAAAGAGAUCCAAGAUGAAUAUCGUGAGAGGAACAAUGGCCAAAAUAACCUCGUCCGCACCAAUGACGUCUUCUUUGCCGUUCACGCAUUUCUCAUAUCGUCGUUUACAUUGACCCAGACGUUUAUGUAUACGAAAGAUGAAGGCCAAAAGAUAUCAUCUCCAGCAAAGCUUUUGAUAUGCGCUUCCAUCAUCGGUGCAUUCCUCUUCACCUUGGCCGUCGAAUUCCAAUUUGCCAUGUGGAUCGAUCUCAUGUACUAUCUCAGCUAUGUCAAGCUUCUGGUCAGCAUUAUCAAGUAUUUGCCUCAGGCUUGGAUCAACUUCCGACGCAAAUCCACCGUGGGCUGGAGUAUCCACAAUAUUCUAUUGGAUUUCACGGGUGGCACCCUUUCUGUGGCACAACUACUUUUGGAUUCGUAUCUCAGUGGAGAUUGGAGUGGUGUUUCUGGGGAUCCUGUCAAGUUUGGUCUCGGCUUUGUAUCCAUUGCAUUUGAUCUGCUUUUCAUGACUCAGCAUUAUAUCUUGUACCGUGAUCGCACCGACUACUAUCUCAGCUCAGUGGACGAAGAACGACGACGGCUCAUUGUUGAAGGACGUGUCCCCCGAGAAGAGGAUGUAGAAUAG